AUGACUAAAAUGAAGCAGCCAUCUACGUGGCAAUGGCUUUGGGCUAGCUUAGUUGAUUUAAAAGGCGACAUAUCAGGCUACUUAUCGAGCCACCCCCAGUCUCCAUUGAUGUCCCUUCAUCACUUUGACCAAAUAGAGCCUAUCUUCCCCUCCCUCGACCGCUUCCAAUCUGCAAAUCACCUCAUGAAAACGGCAAGAGUGGACCAGUCUCGCAUGCUCCAACAAACCAUUUGCUACCACCAGAAAACCGACUGGUCCUUCUCAAUCUCCUGGGGAUACUCCGCCCACAUCUACGAGAACAUCAUACCCAGAACCAUGUUGAAGAGACCCCUCGAGACUUUCGAGCCGUGGGUCAAUCGGAAAGAGCCACCCCAUUACUUGUUCAACACGCGAUGGCCUCCCUUCUCCGAUGACUGCAAUGCUCCUCAUGUUUUCUUCUUUGACUCCAUUGACACUUCCAAAACCGACCAAAUUGUUACCACCUAUGUUCGAUCCAAGCCAAGGGGUCUCGAAACUUGUUCUUCCAGUGGCAAUCACUCCGCCGAUCACAUCUCCAAGGUCCGGGUUUUCUCGCCUGCCACAAAGCUUCUUCGCGUUGAGAAAAGCGAAUGUUGUGACAUUGUAGAUACAGGUAGACGGGGUAUUGCUGAGAUCAAAUAUAGGGAUUGCAAGCAUGAUGAGAUAAUUGCUUAA